UAUAAUGAAAAAAUCCACUUGGGUUUUUUAAAUUUAUAGAAAUUUCAUUAAAGUAACUGGGUCGUAAGUAUGAAUCACCCACCAACGUGUACCAUUUAGCACCAGAACCACUGACUUCAUAGUGAGUACCACAUUUGACACACAAAAAGUAGGAACCAGUUGUUGUCUUGUUGAUCAUCCAACAAUUUAAUAAAUUUAUAAAAAUGGAUAAUAAUCUAUCAAAUAUUCCAUUAAUUGCUUUGUCUGAUGAAACGAAAAAAAUUGUAUCAAAUUUAUUAAAUCCAAUAAAAACAAUUCCUGUAAAAGAUUCAACAUUAACAAGAGAUUGGCGUGCUCUUGCUCAUUUUUGUGGUACAACUGCUGAGGUCAUACCAGUAUACAGUAGCAAAGAUGAUCCAACAAAUGAGAUAUUAAAUAUUAUGAUACAAAAAAAAUUGACAAUUCAAUUUUUAAUAGAAUGUCUUGAAGAAAUUGAUAGAUGGGAUGUUAUUGAUGAUAUUAAAUCAAAUAUUGAAAAUGAUUUAUUAGAGUAUCAUAGAAGAAUUAAUGCUAAAGAUCCAGUUGUUCUUGAUAAAGAAUUACAACCACAUCUUUUAACAAAAGAUGAUGUACUGCGAGCAUAUGAAAAAAAAAAACUUAAAAAAUAUCAAACAUUUUUUUUAUAUCAUCAUAGAGAUAAUAAAUUUGCAGCAUAUAUACGUAAUGGUUUGGAAAAACUUUAUAAUGUUAGUAUAUGUGAUAGAACACGUGAUUUAAUAAGAGAUGACUUGGAUACAAUAAAAAGAGUAAUUGAUGAAAGAUGCGUUAAUGUAUUAGUACUAAUGUCAAAUAAUUUUAUAAAUGAUGAAAUGACUGAAACAAUAUUAACGUAUAUUGAAAAAAUUAAAAAAAAAAUAACACCACUUGCAUGUACUAGAUUUACAUCACGUGUACCAAGAGCAUUAGAAAGUACAGUUUUUUUAAAUUAUGAUAUUUAUUAUAAACAAUCAAAUGAAAUUGGUUUUUGGAAAAAAUUAGCAAUAAAUAUACAUAUAACUGAUAAAGAUUUACGUGAUGGAAAUAUAGUUAUUGAAACAUAUGAAUUUUUUGAUGAAGAUUUACAAUCAAAUAAAUCAAACUCAACAGUUGAUCGUUAUGUUCCACUUAUUGAAAAUGAACCAAUAAAUAAUCCACAUGAAGAAAUAAAAAAUGAUGAUAAUGUGGAUGAAAUUAAUCAUGAUAAUUCAGAUGAUAGUAAUCAUGAUACACAACAAUUAACAACAAUUGAAAAAGUUAAAAAAAUAUGUUGUUUUUUUUGGCCUUUUAAAAAAAAAAAAAUAGUUUCAUCAGAUUCAAUUGAUUCAACAGAAAAUAAACUUACUAAUGGAAUAAUUAAUAGAACAAUUAGUUUAAAAUCUGUUAAUGAUGAUAAAACAUCAUUUAAAAAAAAAAUUUGUUCAAUUUUUGUUAAUAAUAACAAUAAUAAUAAAAAUUUAAUUGAUGAAAGAUUAAAUGAAGAUGGUGAAUCAUCAACUUUAACAACUAUUGGUCCAGAUAGUGAUAAUAAUAAUAAUAAUGAUGAUGAUGAUGAUUUAAUAAAAAAUAGCAAACAAAGUGAUGAUAAAGUUGAUGAAAAAGUUGGUCUAGCUGGUCCAAGUGAUGAGUCAAUUAAUUUACCAUCCAUUAGUUCAGUUCCUGAUCUGAAUGAUGACCUUUUAAAGAAUAAAAAAAAUAUCUACGAAUGUUUGAGCUGAAAAAAAAUUAAUGAUCUUUUUAAAUAAGUGUUUAAUAAUUUUUGUAAGUUUAUUAAAAAAUACUUGUUAGUUUUUAAUUAUUAUUUUUUUUGUAAAUUUAUAAAUAUAAAAUUUUUUUAAUUAAAAAGA